GAGCCACCGUGCCUGGCUGAUAGGGAAGUUUCUUUAGGUGGGCCUUUGUCCGCCUUGCGGUCACAGGUGGCUGAGCCGGAUGUUUCUCAUGACCUGAGCUCCCAUGAAAUGUUUUACUUGGACCAACGUCUGCAAAAUAGUGGGGAGCUUACAAAAUGGUGCGGUUUGAACCAACACCAGGUUCUGUUUAUAAAUGUUUGUAGAGGAUCUUCCUAUUUAGAUUAGUAAAUCUGGGGCUUAGGAAGCAAUUGUUCUGUCCAUAAUGGCUUCGGGGCAGGGCGGAAGUCCCAAGUAUUUUACGACACCGGUGCGUUCUUUUUGACCUCACCUGGUCAUGUUGCCCAUGGUCGCAGCCUCAUGCUGGACCAAAGAAUUUUCAUCCAUGAUCCCCUUUGGUUCUCCUGUCCAUGCUAAGAGACAGGGAGGACAGUCCGCAUUUCCUAGAUGAGGAGACUUAGGGGAGGAAGUGAGCUUACCUGGGGCCUCACAGCUAGUAGGUGGCAGAGUCAGGAUUCGAACCCAUGUCUCUCUGACCACAAAGGUCCGUGCUUUCCCGGAAAGACCCUGUGGUGUAUGCCUUUCUCCUGGAUGGUGAGCCUUCCGGAGAAGGAGCCACGUCUUACUCAUCGUACAGUGGGUACACCAGCACUCUUAAUAGGCAGCAACCUGUGGGCCGGGCACUGGGGAGGGCUUCAUGGGAGCAGGCCGGGGACAGCAGGCGUGUCCAGGACUUUUCUGGAAAACCAGCUCUGAGCCCGACCCUCUCCAUCCUUAUCCUGGCACCUCCCUCCUGGACAGGGACCUCACUUCUCUCUCCUUUCAGCCUUUUAACCAUGGACACAAGGUGGCCAAGUUCUGUUAUGCAGACAAGAGCCUGCUCAACAAAGCCAUCGAGGCUGCCCUGGCUGCCCGGAAAGAGUGGGACCUGAAGCCGAUCGCAGACCGGGCCCAGAUCUUCCUGAAGGCAGCAGACAUGCUGAGUGGGCCGCACAGGGCUGAGAUCCUCGCCAAGACCAUGGUGGGACAG